AUGUUCUGGCGAUCGGCUUUUGUUAUUGCUAUGCAGCUUUUAAUUGCCAAAUCUGAUACGACUGAAUCAAUUGACACAGAAUUAGAUGAUAUCAAUGGUCACUGUAUGCAAAAGGCAGGCCUCAGAGAUUGUGCUGUUUUCAAUAAGUGUUGUGAUUUCUUUUGUCGCAACGGCGAUCAACAACAUUUUUGCCUGUCACUGCUCGGUCAGAUUCAAGAGAAACAAUCUUAUUGCGGAUGUACGUCCGGUGUUGAAGCGAUCAGCAGGAGACGUUCAUCAGCCGGAAUCGAUCCCACAAUAGCGGUGAUCGGAUUGUUCAUGUGUGAUUACAUCUUGAUUGGUCUCGUCAUUUAA